AUGAUCAACAACUCGCCCUCCUUCUCCGCCCCUUCGUCGUCCCCUCAGGCGCCCUCGUGGUCUCCUACCGACGCUCAGCAUCACGCAGGCAUGUCUCACGCCAUCAUCGAUCACCACUUCUCUGCAGAGCACACUAAUCCCGCUGCUUUCCAGCCCAUGUUCAACCCUGCCUUCCCAGCUCCCUUCCAGCCAAACGCCGGCGCCAUGUCUGCACUCGAGUCUCAUGCCGGCAUGCUUGCUCAGCCAGCCAUGUAUGCUGCUCAAGGUAUUAACGCGUUUUGGAAGCCUUCAACCUCCGCUCACCUCGUCAAGAUGGAACCCGGCUCCGAAAUGUUUGCUCCUCACGACUUUUCAUCCUACCCGACCUCGCACGCCAUGACCGCCAGCAUGAGUCUCCCCAACUACGCCACCUACACCCCGGAUAGGCGAUUCAAUUUCUCCGAUGCUGAAUCUCUCAGCUCGGUCGCGUCGCCCACCUCCACUCCCGGUGCAUCCUCCAGACCUACCUCGGCCAAGAGGGGUGCCAAGCGCAAGACGAUGCUCGACGUGUCUUUCCAGUCGCCUGCAGACACCGACAGCCUGGAUGGCACCGCAGAUGCAGCUAAAGCCAACAAAAGAAACCAAAAGCAGGCAGGUCAGCGACGACCUCCUCCUUCCGCUUCUCACAUCACCGAGUCCGGAAAGCCUUUCCCCGUCAUUGACACCUCGGCCAAGCACUCGAGCCUCUUUGUGCCUCCCGACACUACCGGCCUUACCAAGCGCGAGGCGCGACUCGUCAAGAAUCGUGCCGCCGCGUUCCUCUCGCGACAGCGCAAGCGCGAACAGUUCGAGGAGAUGGAGAUCAAGUGCAAGGGCAUUUCGAUGCUUGUCUGGCGCAUGUGGGAAGCCAUCGCUGGUCCCGAGGCUGGUCUCGAGCGCGUCGACGCGACUCCGCUCGCUGCCGUGCUUGCCAACGAAGAUCCUGCCGCGCGUCUCGUGCUUGAGGAAGUCAUCACCAAGAAGGGUGCUUCCAUUGCGCCCACUUCGGAUGAGCUCUAUGGCACGCCUGGCCCAGAGACACAACCUGAGGCCAUCGUUCGCCCUACUGCUGAUGCCUCGGCUCCGACUGUUGACAAGCGCUCCAACGCUGCUGCCUCUGCUGAGCUCGAGCGCGCUCGAUCCGACCUUGCCGCUUCUACGCAGCGCGAGAGUCAGCUCCUCGCCCAGGUUGAAUCGCUUCGCGCAAGCGUCGCUACCGCACAAGCCUCGAUGGCUGUCAACGCCAUGCCCGUCACUGGCUUUGGCGCCAUGCACGUCAGCGCCGCUCACGCCGGACUUGCCGCCAGCAUGGACAUGGGCUCGAUGCCUUUCAAGGGAGAGCAGGGCGCCGAGCUUCCCCUCUUUGUACCAGAGUCGCCCCUGUCCAAGUUCACCGUUGGGGGUGAUGCUUCCAAUUCGGCCAUGAUGCUCGAUGCUUCGCACUCCGCUGGCUUUGACUUGUCCAAGACCCCGACGUUGGCCAUGUUCACCGAGAAUGCUCUGCGCAGCCGAUCGGCUCAGCCAUUUGACAUCCACGGCAAGGUCGCAGCAACGGGCAUGGGGCUCGGUCUUGACUACCGAUUCCCUUGUGCUUCUGCCCCUUCGUCGCCGUCCACCGCCUCGUCUUCCUCUAUGUCUAGCAGCAGGUCGCGCGCCAACUCGCUCAUCUUCAACAGGCGCGCAUCCACUGGCAAGCCACCCAGCACGCUUGCUUCCGUCUUGCUCUUGGCCGGCAUGUCGUUGAUGGGUGUUGGUCCUUCGGCACAAGACUUGGCUGCCGUCGAGGCAUCCACCGUACCCGCAGCUGCUUCAUCGCGGAAACAGGCUCGCGCCGGUCGGAGCUCCAUCGCGGGCGCCAAGUCAGCUGUCCGCGCUGCACCUUCGCACACUCCUGGGCAGCCGUCGUCGCAUCUGAGUGAUGACGACCUUCUCAUGGAGAUGGGCCUCGACGCUGCUUCGCUCUCCGAUGCCGAGGACCACGGAGUCGAUGUCAAUGGCUCCUCAAGCGUUGCCGCCUUCCAGUCUGCUGGUGCAGCUCCGGUGUCUUGUGUCUAA